AUGUCUGAUUGCCAGCGGAAGCCGAUUAUUACCAAGGAGGCUCCCGGCCCCUAUCCUCCACUGUCACAGGCUAUGGUUCACGGCGGCUUCGUCUUCUGCUCCGGGUCAAUCGGCAUGAACCCCCAGACAAACUCGAUUGUCGAGGGAACCAUUGCGGAUAGAACUACGCAGGCUCUCACCAACCUCGGCAAAGUAUCCUGA